AUGAUUCCAAAAGGAGGAGAUGGGAACUUCUGGGGCCGCACUCUGGCCGCCUUCUCCAGCUCCUCAGACAUUUGCAUUACUGAGGCAUUCGGGCCCUACAUGCCCGGCUUUGAGCUCAUCCCUUACGACCAUAUCCCUGCGUUGGAGACAGCUCUGCAGGACCCCCACACCGCAGCCUUCAUGGUGGAGCCCAUCCAGGGCGACGGAGGAGUGGUGGUGCCAAACCCUGGGUACCUCACCCAGAUCCGAAAUCUCUGCAACAAAUACAACGUGCUAUGGAUAGCAGACGAGGUCCAGACGGGCAUGGGUCGCACUGGACGCCGGCUGGCCGUGGACCACGAGAGCGUUCGGCCGGACAUCCUCAUUCUGGGGAAGUCGCUGUCUGGAGGAGUCUAUCCGGUCUCUGCGGUGCUGUUUGACGACCACAUCACUUCCUCCAUCCGUGUGGGGCAGUACGGUUCCACAUUCGGAGGGAGCCCAGUGGCCUGUGCCGUAGCCAUGGCUGCCCUGCAGGUCAUGGAGGAGGAGAAGCUGGCGGAGAACGCCGCUGCGAUGGGCCGACUGCUGCAGAGCGGUCUGAGCAAACUGCCCAAAGACGUGGUGCAGGAGGUGCGAGGGAGAGGCCUGCUGCAGGGACUGGUCAUCACCCAGACCAAAGACUGGGAUGCAUGGAGGCUGUGCCUGCGUCUCCGUGACAACGGGUUGUUGGCCAAAAACACCAGUCAUGGCUCCGUGAUCCGACUGGCCCCGCCCCUCACCAUCACAGAGCACCAAAUGCAGGAGUGUGUGGACAUCAUUCAGAGAAGCAUCAUGUCCCUUUGA